AUGUCCAAUUCAAACAAUCCUUAUUCAGGAUUCUCGAAACGAACUUCAACCGACUAUGAUGAAGGAGAAACCAGAGGACCAGGAGAGGAACAAAAUCGGGGACAAAGAGAGAGACAAGGUCAAGAGGGGUUUAAAGGACACUCUGCUGCUUUUCAAGGAUACGACCCAGAAUCGGGAAAAUUGGGACGAAGAAGGUCGUUAAUUCGAAGAGAUAGAUCUAGAGCCUGUUCUGGAAGUCAAAAUUACCAUUAUAGAAGUUCACCUUUAGGUGUAGGUACUGGGAUGACGCCGGGACUUCCUAACCCUACAGGGUAUGCGGGACCUCACAGUGGGCCCGCCACAUCCACUGGCGGAUAUAGGGGUUAUUACGACCAUCAGACUUUUCCCCUUACGUAUCAUGACGAUAUACCGCUGCAAUCAUUGCCACCUAUGAAAGAAUCUGAUUUCGAGGGUAAAGGCACUUCUUUUACACAGCAAGUUUUGGAUACAGGUGAAAAUAACGGAAUUAAUAUGGGAUCAUCACAUAAUGCUCUCCCCUUUGUAAUUAAUGACGAUGAUGAUAUGGAAAGUGCAAUAUCCGUGGAUACCAUACAACCGGAAGAGCCUGAAACCGUUCCAUUAACUGGGAGAAACUAUACGACAAUGACAUCUAGCAGACUCAGGAACUUAGAGAAGGACCCUAGAAAUUUUCCUUUUUGGAAGGAGUAUUGCUAUCUGGUUACAUUUUGGGCACCCUCACCGUUGCUUCAACUCUUUGGUUUGAAAACUGCUCAAAGACAGUAUGCUUGGAGAGAAAAGAUGGGACUCAUUUCCAUAAUUUUAGUUCUAGGUGGCAUAAUAGCGUUUCUUACAUUCGGAUUUACUAGGUCUGUAUGUACUGGUAUGACAACAAGACUGCAUGCCGAUACUAUAUCCACUGGAUAUUUGGUUAUCAACGGUCGUGUAUAUAAUUUGGACUCUUCAUCGCAUCCUGCUGCGCCCGGUAUCCAAGCAGGAACCAACGUGCUUUAUUCCCCAGUGAAUGCCGGUGGUAAAGACGCGAGUCUUCUUUUUCAGAAUGUAAAUGGAAACUGCAGAGGUCUUAUUGUUCCUCGUGAGAACUGUACAAUUCCCAACAAAGACGGAAACUUAGCAUGGUAUAUGCCUUGCAAAGCAAUUGAUAUAGAUGGUUCAACGCAUCCAAACUUUACAUUUGACUAUUACGAUGGCUAUGCAUGCCACACUUCGGCCAAGGCCAGGAAAGCUUUUUACUCCUUGAAAGUUGAAGGCAAUGUCUACUACAGCUGGGACGAUAUUGCUAACACCACCAGAAAUUUGGUGGUCUUUAACGGAAAUGUGCUAGAUAUGGAUCUAUUAGAUUGGCUUGAGAAAGAUGAUCUUGAGUAUCCAGCAUUGUUUGACAGCAUCAAAAACAAUCCCAGCAUGAAAGGCUAUGACAUUUCCAGGCUUCUUUCGGAUGCAAGUCAACGUCAAGUCGCAAACUGCUUAGUAGAAAUAGUGAAGAUCGGUGUUAUCGAUACUUCUACUGUUGGCUGCAUUGCUGCAAGUAUAGUUCUUUACGUCUCUUUGGUGUUUGUGCUAGCUCUCGUCAUCGUUCAAUUUGUAGUUGCCUGCUACUUCAAAUGGUUCGUAGCUCCAAAUCAAGGGGUCAAUAAAUCUACAUUGAAGGAAACGAACAGCAAAGCAGAAAAAAUUGAAGAAUGGACUGAUAACCCUUCAUCUCAAUCAAUGAUGUCCAAAAGACGUGCAGACUACCACAACAGAGACGAAUCAUCGAAUUCUCUUGCGGCUGCUCGCGCAAAUGCUCACAGUGCAAACAAUACCAAAAGGAAAGCACUCAGACUUUCUUGGGGUGGAGACAUCUUGGAUUUUAUUGAUAGAAAAGAUCAGAAGGAGACACAACCGAUAUCUGACUACGUUCCAAAGUAUCUCACAAUGACCACUGAAGCUUAUCUGGUCUCUCAGAAGAGCAGAGGACAUGUAAGAGGGUUGUCUACACAAUCGUUAGCUACUUUGGAGACAUACGUGCAAGAUCCAUUCAAAAAUCCAGUACCAGAGGGAUCAUCCGAUAUGGAUAUUCAAACAUUGGAUUCCUCUCUUGUUCAUCCCAAUGUGAUGUCUCAGCCUCCAGUCGGCUGGGAACCUUUUGGUUACCCAUUAAUCUAUACAAUGUGUCUUGUUACAUGCUAUUCCGAGGAUAAAGGAGGUAUCAGAACCACAAUCGAUUCCAUUGCCACCACAAACUAUCCAAAUUCUCACAAACUGAUAAUCAUUAUUUGUGAUGGCCUAAUUACUGGUGCUGGCAACCAGAAAUCAACCCCUGAUAUCUGUCUUGAUAUGAUGUCAGAUUUAGUUUUACCAAAAGAUCAGGUACAGCCUCAUUCGUAUGUAUCUGUAGCUGAGGGUUCCAAAAGACAUAAUAUGGCAAAAGUAUACGCUGGAUUUUACCAAUAUGACGAUACCACUGUUCCUCCUGAAAAUCAGCCCCAAAUUCCUAUAAUGCUUAUAGUGAAGUGUGGUACUCCAGCGGAGAUUUCAUCUGCCAAACCGGGAAACAGAGGUAAAAGGGAUUCCCAAAUAAUAUUAAUGUCCUUUUUGCAAAGCAUUACUUUCAAUGAGAGGAUGUCGGAGUUAGAGUUUGAAAUGUUGAAGUCAAUUUGGCAGGUUACGGGACUAAUGGCCACCUUCUACGAAGCAUUGCUCAUGGUUGAUGCAGAUACAUUGGUCUUCCCUGAUUCGUUAACGCAUUUGGUAGCAGAAUUGGUGAGAGACCCCGAAGUAAUGGGACUUUGUGGCGAAACCAAAAUUGCCAACAAAACACAAUCGUGGGUUACCGCUAUUCAAGUGUUUGAAUAUUACAUAUCUCAUCACCAAGCUAAGGCUUUCGAGUCUGUGUUUGGCAGUGUGACAUGCCUACCCGGAUGCUUCUGCAUGUACAGAAUUAAGGCACCGAAGGAUAUCAAUGUUUGGGUACCAAUUCUCGCCAAUGCAGAUAUUGUUGCCAAAUAUUCAGACAAUGUCUUGGACAGCUUACACAAAAAGAAUUUGUUGCUUUUAGGUGAAGACAGAUUUCUUUCUUCUUUGAUGUUGCGAACAUUUCCUAGGAGAAAGCAGAUAUUUGUACCAAAGGCUGUCUGCAAAACUAUCGUUCCAGAUAAAUUCAAUAUUCUCUUAUCGCAGCGUCGCCGAUGGAUUAACUCAACAGUCCAUAAUCUUAUGGAGUUAGCAAUGGUGAAAGAUCUUUGUGGUACAUUCUGCUUUUCUAUGCAGUUUGUCAUUAUUGUCCAAUUGAUCGGUACACUUGUCCUACCUGCCUCGAUUACCUUCACAUUGUAUAUCAUAAUUGUGGCAAUAUUCUCGCCUGAUAAGCCCAUUAUGUCAUUGAUUCUUAUGGGUAUAGUGUUCGGCUUACCAGCCAUUCUUAUUGUUGUGACUGUUUCAAAUCCAAUGUAUGUGAUUUGGAUGUUUAUAUACCUUGCCUCUCUUCCAAUAUGGAACUUCAUUCUGCCCUCGUAUGCUUAUUGGAAGUUUGAUGAUUUUAGUUGGGGCGAUACCAGGAAGACUCAGGCUACGGAUAGAACGAAUCCUGAGACAAAAGGAGAAUUUGAUGGAUCUCAAAUUGUUCAUAUGACUUGGAGAGAAUACGAGAGGAAGAGAAUAAGAUUAGAGAGAUCCGGAAUUCCCGUUGCUUAUAAUCCAGGCUACCACGAUGGGAAUAAUAGAUAG